AGUUUCUCUUUUUGUUCUUUUUUAGCAUAUCUCUGGUUUGCCUGUGAUUUUGGCUGGAUCGAUCAUCCAUCCUAUUGUGGGUGGAGCCAAGAUGGCGGAGAAGGAGCCGAAUGGCAUAUAAACAACAAUAGCAAACAUGCCGAUCACAAACUGCCUAGUCUGGACCACACGGGGAUGCCUAACAACUUCAUUUACGCAGCUGCAAACACAAACACUCAAACAGAGAUGGAGAGAACGGAUGAGAUGGAGACGGAUGAAGAGCUGGAGAGGAAAGGAGGACGGGUGGCGAGACUGGCCAGCUCACAGGUCACUGCUCCAGAUUCAGACCUAUGCAUGUCCUUUUGGUAUCACUUCACUGAGAAGCACGCGGGAACGCUGAACAUUAAGCAGAAGGUCGAGCAUGAACAGGUGGAUGAGGAACGAGAGAUUCUGAUCCGCUUGCUGAACGGCCAGACCAAAAGCAGAUGGAGGGAAGGAAGAGUUCUGCUUCCCAGCGCAGACACACCGUACCAGGUGAUCAUUGAGGCUCAAGUGAAUCCUACACACUCUGGCUACAUCUCCCUGGAUGACAUAAAGAUAUUGGAAGUGAAUCCUGAAGAUUGCAAAGAUCCAGAGAAUACAGAAGAUGAUGAAGAUGAAGUUGAGGAAAUCGUGAACUGUGAGGGCACUGACAACACCAUGUGGAGUUUUGGACGCGGCUCCAUGUUAAAGAGCCUGGACCCCAUCCUGAUCACCAUCAUCGUGAUGAGCGCAGUGGGAGUCCUGCUGGGCGCCGUGUGCGGGGUACUUUUCUACUGCGCCUGCGCUCACACCACCAACAGAAACCUCUCCGCCCUGGAGAACUACAACUUUGAGCUGGUCGACGGAGUCAAGCUAAAGAAAGAAAAACUCAGCGCACAGAAAUCGUACACAGAAGCAUGAGGACUACCAGACCAACAGGAAACAUUUGUUAGAGGAACGUUUCUAGAUUGCUGUCGUAACGUCUCUCAAGGUCAAGACUGAGCGGUUUUCUCAGGACGUGCAGUAAGAGGAACUGACCUCUAGAGGGUGCCGUGUAUAGAUUGUACAGCCAGACGAUGAUUGUUUUUCUUGUUUGUUCAUUUGUACAUUUGUUGCUGGUGAUGAGACCAAGACGAAACAAAAACAGUUGGAUUUUUUUAGUUGAAUUCUUCAAGCCCCUUUCGCAGAGCUGUACGCCACUGGAUUUUCAGUGUUCUAGUGCUUGUUUAUGUUUGGAGAUGUGUUUGUUAAGUUGGUAACUCACACUUCAUCCCAAUGGUGCCUUUAAACGUGUUUUUGUUGCCUUUUCACACAUUUGAGCACAAACUGUUGAUAGACGUGGGCCAAUGCUGAGCAGAGGUCGAUGCUUUUCUCACUUGAACUAGUUAACCUUGGAUUACUCUAUAUACCCUGGGUAAACGUAAUCCAGGGGGCUGUACAAUGAAGCCAGAUUAGCUAGUUAGUUAUGUUGCAGUUUAUUUGCACCAACUCAGGGUUUUAGCUAAAAUACCAUGGCAAGAAUGAUAAAGUUGAGCUGCCUUUAUGUUACCUAAAACUCAAGAUAGGUGCAAACUAAACUGAAACUUAACUGGCUAGUCGGCUAAUCCAGGUUCGUGGUACAGGCCCCUGGGUCAUCUCUCUUUGCGCUGCUUAUAAUUUACCCAGAGUUAACUACUAAUCCUGGUUAUUCAAGCACUGAGGUUUCACACUGUACAAUCCUUAACCCUGGGUUAACCUCAUUUAAUCGAGUCAGUAGCUAUGUUUCCAUUCACUUAAUUUUAUGCUAAUUUUUGAUAAGAACAUAAAAACAGUUGAUGGAAAUGCCAAGAUGCGCUUAAAUUUUGAAAAUGCGCAUAACAGAGUAGGAUAAACUUUUUAUUCGAUAAGAAAAGAUGCACAUAAACUACGAUGAAAACACUUUUACUGAACAAAUUCCAUUAUGUGCAUUAAAAAACGUCAUGUGAUUUUGUUAUAAGAGAUCAUGUGAUGAUAAAAAUGUGUGUGAAUGGAAAAAACCAACAGGCUGAGAACAUUGUAAAACAUCUAAAAAUUGUUGUUUUGGUCAUUAUAAAAUGCUUUAACCAUUUCUGUAUUAGUGUCAUUAUAUUAUUAAUGAACUCCAGAAUUGUCAAGAGCGUCUGCGUUCUGCGUCUCACGCCUUUGAACACCACCAUGUGUUCAUUGCGUAUUGGUGUUUGUCUUCUGAUGCGCAAGUAAUUUAUUAAAUAAAGAAAAGAUUCAAGAAGCUUCUCCUACCGCAGUAAAUUCCAUUUUUGUCUUUUGAUAUUUGGCACCAGUUAAUCAGGAAGUGACAAUUUUGUUUUCUUCGACUCGUUGGAUGGAAACGCUGCUUUAUUCUCAAAUAUUUUAUGUGAUAUUCCAGUUUUGCACUUAAACUUAAUUUGCAUCUUUGGAUGGAAACAUAGCUAGUGCUACUGAUUGGACAAACACUGCAUGCGACAUGUUUGCAAAAGGCUCUGGCUUUGUGCAUCUUCAUAUUCAUAUUGCAAACUGAUAAAGUUAAAAGUUAAAUGGUCUCUUUAUCACUCCAAAUGAUAAAUUUUCCUCCACAAUUUGGCAUCAUCCUUUGCUUCAAAUGCUAAAACAAUGGAAUGUUUCUGUCAGAACAGUUAAAUGCAUGUGAAUAUGAUGCACAUGAUUGGCUGUUGGUUUCUAAGCAGCUAAACGUGACAUUGAAACAGCGUUUUUCAUUAAACAUAUUUGAAGUCACAACACAAAAGGGAGUAGAGAGAGGGGAAGGAUCAGCAAAGGACCUCAAGCCGGGAAUCGAACUCGGGUCGCUGUGAGCACGUCUGCGCUAUAUGUCAGUGCACAGUACCAAUAGGCUAUUGGUGCUGACCCAUCCAUCUAUUUUUGUGUGCAUUUUGGAUAUCCGCACAAAAAACGCCAACAUGCGCAUCAAAUUUGAAAAUGUGCAUAAAGUUAAAUGGCAGAACUGUUGAAUGCAUGUGAAUAUGAUGCACGUGGUUAGCUGUUAGUUUCUAAGCAGCUAACCGUAACAUUGUAACAGCAUUUUUCAUUGCACACAUUUGACGUCACAACACAAAAGGGAUUUGUGGAGCAGGGUUUGUAACGUCCUGUAAAAAAAAACCAGGGUUAAAAACAGUGUUUAGAACAGCAAUAACCCAGAAUUAAAAGUGUGAAAAGCCUUAAAGAUAAAUCUAAUUGAGUGCUGCAGGGAUGACUGAUUUUAUUGGCCAAAACUUGGAAAUGGGUUAGCGUUUUAGUACUUAAAAACACAUGACCUCUGUGUACAAAAAUGUCAAAUAUGGAGCAAUCGCUCGCUUUUAUCAACGAGUAAUCAUCUGGUUUUAUCCUGCCCCUUUUUGCAGCUCCGUACGACAGAAUUUUGCAAACACAAACUCUAGUGUGACCACGGCAUUAGUAUGUUGGAGUUGGGUUGGAACUAAACUGUGCAGGACUGCGACCCUCCGGGAACUGAGUUUGACACACCUGUCUUAAAGGGACAGUUCACACAAAAUGGAAAUUCUGUUAAUAAUUACUCACCCUCAUGUGGUUCCAGACCCAUACGACCAUCUAUACGGUUAAACCUCAAGUGAAAUAUGUACUGUUUUGGCAGUGUUCUUGGUUCCUAACUGAACUUUUAAUGUUUGCCCUUGCUGUCCUCCUCUCAGGAAGGUCAGAGAGCUCCCUUACUUCAUCCAAAACUUCUUAAAGGAAUUGUUUGCCCAAAACGUAAAAUUCUUUCAUCGCUUACUUACGCUUAACUUGUCAUAAACCUGUUUUGGUUGAUUUUAAAAGAAGAUAUUUUGAAAACCAGUGACCGUUGACUUACAUAAUAUGUGUUUUUCCAACUAUGAAAGUCAAUACCAGUUUCUAACAUUAUUGAAAAUGACUUGUUAUUGUUUACAACAGAAAAAAAGAGCAUCGUAAAGGUUUUUAAACCUCUUGAGGGCAAGUAAAUAGUGAGUAUAUUUUCAUUUUUGGGUGAACUAUCACUUUAAUUUGUGUUCUAAAGAUAAACAAAGGUCUUAUGGGUUUGGAAUGCCAUGUGGGUGAGAUAUUCAUGACAGAAUUGUCAUUUUGGGGUGAAUUAACUCUUUAAACGCACACGACUGUCAUCUGUUUUUUUUUUUCUUUCUUCCUACAAUUGUAUUUAGGUUUUUCUAAGUUGCUUUAUUAUUUGAAGAGGAACAAAACAUUAGUUGGUCACAGAGUUUAUUUCUUGCAAUACUCCUAAAGCUAACUUCUGGUUCAGCCAGUAAAUAUCCAUCAUCCCUGCAGCUCUCUAUAGAUCUGGACAGGUCGGAUGUACACAUGACAAUGUUAAGUAGUUAGAAACAGAAUCUUACCACUUUAUUUGAUCCAUCCUCUGUAUUAUGUCAAGAAACAUGUCAGAAGACAUUUCAGCUGCCCAUCUGUAAAACUUGUGUUGUGUCGAGUGACAUCCUACUUCAGAAUGGCAUCACAACGUCUGCGGGCCAUCUGUGAAAUUAGUGUUUUCCAGAACAAUCAGGAGACUCACUCUGGGAACGCCUGGGAAUGGAAGCGGAGACAAAGCAAAUGAAGCGUCUAAGAGCGCUAAUGAACAAGCUUCUCCCCAAGGAAAUGCAUUACAUUUGAAGGAUGCAAAAGGCACAAACUGAUCUGUGCUGUAUAGCAUUGGCAGGACGACCUAAGAAAGAGUGAACGCAAGUGCUGACAAAGGCAUCAUGGUCUGUUUCACACUUCAGAAUUGCAGUUUGUUUUUCAGCCGCUGGAAAUGGAGAUGCCAGAAACUGUUCUCCCACUUAAAUGAACCAACGUAUGUCAUUUUGCACUGAGAAUUAUAUUUAAUGAAAGAUUUAGAUAGUAAUAAAAGUGUUAACUACUUUAAAUUGUAAGAGAAGUCCAACUGUCGGUGUAACAGCUCCCUUUUUUUAACGCUAUUUAAAACGAAAUGGUAUUUUUCUUAAUUGUUAUAGUUGUGACGCUCGUCUGAGAGAUUAUCGCAAACAAAAAAUAUUUCAGUUUCAAUUUUUAGAUGUUAUGAAGUUCAGUCUGUCUGGUGGCUGUUUUGUAUUCACAUUGCUGUGAUGAAAAGACUGAAGACUAAUGUCCCAUCUGCAUCAACUAAUUCAACCAAUCAGCGAUGCGCUAACAAAUUUGACCAAUCCGAUUCAUGAGUUUCUCAAUAACAUUCCAAAGAGUGAAGUUAAGAGUGAAGUUAAUAAAGUUUUUAUAAAGAUUUUGUUGGAAA